UGCCCUCCCCGUCUGCGCUGCCGCACUGCUCAGUGGCUGUGAAACCAUUAAUCGAUGCCACUUCACCUCUCACCCUGAUCGUCGGGAUGGGUGGGAGGGCUCUUUUUAUUCCCCUUGCACUUCUGCGUUUGCCAUAAAGAGCUGCGGAGCCGAUUCACAGCCACUGAGCACGGAGCUCUGGGCGGAGUCCCCGGCCCCGGAGGAAAGGAGAAAGCCUAACAAACAACAAGAUUGCAACGAAACGUAUUUUUUUUUAAGAACAAGAAAGCAACAGAAGAUUUUAAUAAGCAAAACGGAGCAAUGGAAGAUCAGACCCAAUCAUCCCUCGUUACCUCCUCCAAAGGCACCGAAGCCAAUGUCGAUCCAUCCCCAGGAGCAGCGGCCAAGGGCUCGUCGGGAGUGUCUCUCGAGCGAUCUGUACGGCCGCCAACACUGCCCUCUGCACCACCACUGAGCAGUGCGAGCACCUCUGAGCCGGUGGGGACACUCUCGCCUUCUCCUGUCUCCUCUCCGCCCUGGACCAAGGCCACCGAGACCCCCGACGUCGUCUUGGAUCGAGGCCCUUCUUCUGCCUUGGUCCACCCCUCGAAGGAAGCUGCUCUGUCCAACACGGAGAAGGAGCUCUUGGGAGCGGCGGUCAUUCGGGGUAUGAGUGACCUGCAGAGGGCUGGUAAUGGCCCUGCGAUGGGAGCACCACUUGCUGGGCCUGAACCUGGAAGUGUCUUUGAGAACUACAGUUGGAUGAGUCAGCCUGGACUGAUAUUCAAGAAGGAGGAAGACCCACUGGUGACAGCAGAGGCCAGGACACAUCACCAAGUGGAGCUCGCAACCGGGAGAGACCAAGCCACGGGGGAGUCAGCCAAGAGUGACCCAUCCUCGAUCGACUCCUCGCAGGAAGAGGACUCAUUGGAGAGACUCACACCUGACUCGCCAUUUGAGGUGCUCGCUGAGGUGCAAGAGAAGGGGUCUUGCGAAGAAGCUCGUCUGAAGCCAUCGCCGGCUUCCAAAGAGCGCCAGGCAGCAUUGCAAGAGCCAAAGAAGUCUUUCUUCUUCACUGGAGCAAUCGAUAAAGGGCCAUCGGGUGGAAGCAAACUCGGGACGAGGGCGGAGGGCGGGAAUGGUCCCGGGGCGGAGGAUGAGAAGCCAAGCUCCCUGUUGGACCACCGGUCCCCCGAUCAGCCCAGGGUUCAGGAGGAGGACCCUGGCAUUGGAGGCAAACCCAGGAAAGGGGAGCACGCGAGGCCAAGCGCAGAGGUAGAAGGUGUGGAGUCGUCGACCAUGGAAGUGGUUCUCGAGGGCUUCCAGCCCACCCUUGCUGGAUCAACGGCCGUCCUCACCGAAGCUUUUGCCCCUGGCCUACAGGAUAAAGGCAAAUCAAUCUUGGGUCUUGAUGUUACCUUGGACCAGGGUCCUUCAGAUGUGGAGGCUGAGCCGAUGACUAUACCCACGACUGGGGCGCAGUCCUUGGGAGAGGUUUGCACUGUCCAACCUGCGCAGCCCAUUAUGGACAAACACGUGGUGAGCUUGGCCCAACCAGCUGAUGCCAAGACUGAUGCCAAUGCCCCUUCUCCCGAGAGACCAUCUGGAGGUCCAAUAGAUGACUUUUUGGUCCUGGAAGAGGAGUCGAAGACGCUGCCUUCCUCUCCUCACGAGACUGCUCAAGUCAUUAAAGAACCUGUCUCGGGCCAGUGUGUGCCUCGAGCUCCAACUGUUCAAACUGCAGCUGCCCUUGACCGCGUUCAGCCUGAGCCAUUGGAGGUGGAUAGUUCCGGGGAAUCCGAGGACACUGUCAUUGAAGAUCUCAAAGGGCCCCCAGGACAGCAGCCCUUGGCCCAGAAGGUAGCCACUGAGCAGCAGCUGCCCAGCAGUUACGGUGGUCUGCAGAACCUGGUUCUCGUCCCGGUCAUCAAUGUCACCGAGAUCGCACAAGAGCAGGGAGUCAGUGACGGAGAGGAGGCGGCGGUCAGCCAUGUGACCAGCGGUGCCAGGGAGACAAGGUGUCAACCUGGAGAUGCCAAAGAUUCCCAGGUGGAGGACCAGGUAGGAUUCGGCAAAGCUUCCAAGGUGGAGGAACAGGUAGGAUUCGGCAAAGCUUCCAAGGUGGAGGACCAGAGAGGAUUCACUGAAGCUUCCAAGGUGGAGGACCAAGUAGGAUUCACCGAAACUUCCAAGGUGGAGGACCUGGUAGGAUUCGGCAAAACUUCCAAGGUGGAGGAACAGGUAGGAUUCGGCAAAGCUUCCAAGGUGGAGGACCAGAGUGGAUUCACCGAAGCUUCCAAGGUGGAGGACCUGGUAGGAUUCGGCAAAGAUUCCAAGGUGGAGGACCUGGUAGGAUUCGGCAAAGCUUCCAAGGUGGAGGACCUGGUAGGAUUCGGCAAAGAUUCCAAGGUGGAGGACCUGGUAGGAUUCGGCAAAGCUUCCAAGGUGGAGGACCAGGUAGGAUUCGGCAAAGAUUCCAAGGUGGAGGACCUGGUAGGAUUCGGCAAAGCUUCCAAGGUGGAGGACCUGGUAGGAUUCGGCAAAGCUUCCAAGGUGGAGGACCUGGUAGGAUUCGGCAAAGAUUCCAAGGUGGAGGACCUGGUAGGAUUCGGCAAAGCUUCCAAGGUGGAGGACCUGGUAGGAUUCACCGAAGCUUCCAAGGUGGAGGACCAGAGAGGAUUCACCGAAGCUUCCAAGGUGGAGGACCUGGUAGGAUUCACUGAAGCUUCCAAGGUGGAGGACCACGUAGGAUUCGGCAAAGAUUCCCAGGUGGAGGACCUGGUAGGAUUUGGCAAAGCUUCCAAGGUGGAGGACCAGGUAGGAUUCACCGAAGCUUCCAAGGUGGAGGACCUGGUAGGAUUCGGCAAAGCUUCCAAGGUGGAGGACCAGGUAGGAUUCACUGAAGCUUCCAAGGUGGAGGACCAGGUAGGAUUCACGAAAGCUUCCAAGGUCGAGGACCUGGUAGGAUUCGGCAAAGCUUCCAAGGUGGAGGACCAGGUAGGAUUCGGCAAAGCUUCCAAGGUCGAGGACCUGGUAGGAUUUGGCAAAGCUUCCAAGGUGGAGGACCAGGUAGGAUUCACGAAAACUUCCAAGGUCGAGGACCUGGUAGGAUUUGGCAAAGCUUCCAAGGUGGAGGACCAUGUAGGAUUCACCGAAGCUUCCAAGGUGGAGGACCUGGUAGGAUUUGGCAAAGCUUCCAAGGUGGAGGACCAGGUAGGAUUCACCGAAGCUUCCAAGGUGGAGGACCUGGUAGGAUUCACCGAAGCUUCCAAGGUGGAGGACCGAGCAGAAGUCCCAGGAGGUCUCCCUGAAGGACAGGCCAAAGGAGAGGCAGCGGGAUUGAUACAUGGAGGAAUCGAGCCUUCGGAAGUGUCACCUCCUCUGACUGUAGGUGACCACCCAUCCGAGGACCGCCAGCCGGCAGCGGAAGGAGCAGGGAGGCACGGGCCAGGGGCCAGCCCCGUGAGCUCACCGGUCCCGCCUCUGCUGGAGAGCCCAGUCCCGGAGAAGUCUGCUCCUCUGCCAUCCUCCUCCCCAGACUUCCGGCCUUUGGCGGAGACGCGAGACUCGGCCGUCUGCCUCGGCGGGAUGGAGCCGGGAGAUCCUUCUGCUCCCCUGCUGGAGAUGAUUCGCAGGUCGGAAAUCCAAAGGGGACAGCUGGCCAGGGAAAAGCAGGCGGUCCCGGUGCCCCCCGCUCCGGAACCGGUCCCAACCCAAUCAGUCAUUGUCACAUCCACCCCCGUCGUCGUGGAGACCCCGUCCAUCGUGGUCAAGCCUCUGAAGCCGCCGGAUGACAAACCCUCGGACCUGCCGGUUGAGGACGAGAUUGGGCCGCUGUCCGGCGCUCCGAGCCGCCCCUCCCCGCAGCCUGAACCCGCCGGUGUGCCGGACGGGGCAGGGGGCCCCCCGUCGGGGACGGUCCAGGAGUCGGAGGAGGGAGGAGCCAUCCCGGGGGGCAGCAUCCCGGCCUUGGAGGAACAGAGGAGCCCCCCUCCUCCUCCCCGGGAUCAGGCGGAGCCAGCAGCCCGGACCCCCACCCUGCCUCUGGCACCCGCUGACAGCGGAGCGGAGCAGAGAGAUCGGGAACCCCCAGAGGCGGUGAUUGGUGGGGAGGAUGCAGAGAGGCGGAGCCAGGCCACAGUGAAGGAUUUGAUCUACUGGAGCGACCCCAAGAAGACGGGCGUGGUGUUCGGUUCGACCCUGACCCUCCUGGUGUCCCUGGCGGUCUUCAGCGUGGUCAGCGUCCUGGCCUACCUCGUGCUUGCUCUCCUCUCUGUCACCAUCAGCUUUCGUGUCUACAAGUCGGUCAUCCAGGCUGUGCAGAAGGUCAACGACGGCAACCCUUUCAAAGUCUACCUGGAGCAGGACAUCACUCUGUCAGCAGACACCUUCCGCAAGUACUGUGACACCACCCUGGUGCAUGUGAACCGGGCUCUGAAGUAUCUGCUCCAGCUGUUUCUAGUGCAGGAUCUGGUCGAUUCCCUCAAGCUUGCAGUCCUGAUGUGGUUGAUGACUUACGUUGGAGCAGUGUUCAACGGCUUAACCCUUCUGAUCCUGGCUGUCCUCCUGACCUUCAGUGUCCCAGCCGUCUACAAGAAGUACCAGAAGGAGAUCGACCACUACGUGGACCUGGUUCAGAAGCAGGUGUGCUGUGCCGUUGGGAAGAUCCAGGAGAAGCUUCCAGGCACAAAAAGGAAGAAUGAGUAACAGCUGGCCUCCUGCUCUGGGGCUUUUCCCCCUACCCCCCCCACCCACCUCUUCCCCCCCCCUUCCCCCGCUGCUAAACCCUUACCCACUUCAUGUGUAUUGGAACGAAACCGCUCGAUGUCUGUGUGCUUGGAUCUGUGCCGCACUUCCAUCCAGCAGUCUGCUGUGACGGACCACAGGGGCUCUGCUCUCGCCUCCCCACCCCCCCCCCCCCCACCCCCCCCCCACACACACAGCUGGGGGUGGGGAAGAAAUGGGGAGCGCGGCUGGUACACCACACAGCUAUCAGUGCCAUAGCUGAACAACAUUCCUUUAUCGGCUUAUGUUGAAAUGAGAUUUUAUAUAUAUGUAUACGUGUAUAUAAACGUGUUAUAAAUUUGUUGUCGAUCUCUGGAACAAACUGUCUGUAAUACCUGCUGUAGAAGUUUACUGAGCAAAUAAGUGGGGGGGAAAUGCUGUUGGCCAAGGCCCCUAUUUAUUGUGGAUGCAAUUUAACGUGUCUUUUCGUUAUGGGAACUGGCCCCAGGAGCGGGAGCAGUGGGGGUGACUGAUGGCAGGAGGACAUUCACUGCGUGUUUUCUGAGUGGCUGUUUGUGCCGUCGAGGAUGUUUUCUCCUUUCUCUCCUCUCACAGGGCAAGAUGUGCAAAGAUCUGGGGACCAGGACAUGCACCCAGUUUGUCUGGGCCCCCCCCACCUUGAUCCUGUUCCCCUUGCGCCCUGGGGGGCUUGUUGUGUGAGGGCUGUGAGAAGUAACACCACCAGUGGAACGUCUGUCACUUCCAUCUGUCCGGGAGGUUUUUGAGUAGCCAACGCCAAGGGAGGGCUCGCCAACCGCAGCAGUUAGUUGAUUCUACAGUUCAUCAGCCAACGCACUCGGGGGGGGGGGCAGUUUCUUUUUGAGAAGGAUGGGGCAGGGAGCAAAAUUGUUUCUGCAGGGCACCGCUUGGCAUUCCUGACGGCCUGAGUGCUUGUGGCUGCUGCACAGUGCUCAAGGGGAUUACCAAGGUGGGCAGCUUUGACUGCUGGACAAUGAACCCCAGGGGCAAGUGGGCAAGAGCAGAACAAGGUGUUUUCAAAUGCCUGUUAUUGCUGUAACUGCAGAGACGGUCGAUUUAAUAGCUUUUGUUUAAAAGAAAACACUUGUUUGUGGUUUGCCACUCUGGGGGUGGGGGUAACACCUCCUUGCCCCCCCCCCAGAGGGCUGACCAUUUGUGUUUCAUCUAAUCUGUGAGUGAGCAGGAGCCCUUCCUUCGGUUCUGUGAACAGCAGGGGACCGAUGCAAGCCCUCCUUCCCUCCACACUCGCCCCAGGGAUGCACAGAGAGAGCCGAGGCUCAGUGUCUGUGUGUGUGUGUGUGUGUGUGUGUGUGUGUGUGUGUGUGUGUGUGUGUGUGUGUGUCCCAGUUUGCCCUGCGUUUCUGGAGCAUGUCCCGCGGCCUGAGAAGUUUCUUGACCUGGUAGAACUGACAGGGUGGGUGUGAGUGCAACUGGGAGUUCCAAGGUGUGUGUGUGUGAGUGUGCAGAGUUAGAUGAAGCAGCUGGCAAGUAGGCAAUUCCCACAGGGAAAGAAACAAGAUUACUGUGAUGUCGUUGAGAAUAAAUUCCAUCCCAGUUGUUUAUACCCUCCUCUGUGUACGUGAGUUCUUUUAAUCCUGUUUCGCCAGUGGAUCCGUCUCUGUGCCCUGCAUCUAAAGUGUGUUGUGUUGGUUGGACCCAGAGCUGCUCCCAACCCCUCCCACACCCCAGUCCGAGGGUUAUACCACCGGCAGUGAACCAAACAGAGAUCAGAUGCCUGAUGGGACAUUAAAACUCUGAUAAUCCACUACUUCGGAAAUCCCAGUGGUUCACCGGGAUCUGUUUUGUUGACGUUAGGGGGGCCGUAUUUGAAGUAUUGUGUUGCGUUUUGGUCGCCCUGCUGUGGGAAAGAUGUCCUUGAGCUGGAGAACGUGCAGAUGGAGAUUUACGAGGAUGUUGCCGGGAGUGAGUUAUGGAGAGAGGUUAGGCAGGUGUGUAAAAUCAUGAGGGGCGUUGAUAGAGGGAAUGUGCGCAGUCUUUUCCCCAGGGUUGGGGAAUCAAGAACUAGAGGGCACAGGUUUAAGGUGAGAGGGGGGAGAUUUAAUAGUAACCUGAGGGGCAACUUCUUCACCCAGAGGGUGGUCCGUAUGUGGAACGAGCUGCCAGAGGAAGUGGGUGAGGCAGGGACACUAACAACAUUUAAAGGUACAGGGAUGGGAAAGGUUUAGAGGGAUAUGGGCCAAAUGCGGGCAAAUGGGACUGGCUUAGAUGCGCAUCUGGGUCAGCAGUGGACCGGUUGGGCCGAAGGGCCUGUUUCCGCACUCCUGACUCACGAGCUAUUUUUUAACUCACUGUGGCCCCAGUUCCUGUCACUUUAACCUCCGGUCACUGUAAAUUCGCCUGGUUCAUUGGAAAAAUGUAUUAUACUACUGUGUAACAUCCUAAAAUAAAAGUAUUCGUAAAAGUA